GUGCAGUCGCCUCCCUUGCGCCGUUUCCUUUCUACACCUCCCAGUACAGCCGAUACGCGAACAUGGUUCCCGUCAAUCUGCUGAUGUGCAACGAGGAGCAGCAGCAGUCGCCAAAAGCCUUCAACAGAUUCGUCCCUCGAGUUCACGCGGAGGACUCCGGGAUGUGCGGCAUG